AUGUCUAUGAACCGUAUGUCUCAUUUCCGCCCUAUGGCUGCUCGCCAGAUGGCCAAGUUUGUCCGGGCCUACUCUAGCAAGGAGGCUUCCCUCAAAGACGUCUUUGCUGCUCAGAUUCCUGAGAAGCAGGAGCAGAUUAAGCGUCUCCGCAAGGAGCACGGCAACUCCUCUCUUGGUGAAGUCGUUCUUGACCAGGUCUACGGUGGUAUGCGUGGUAUCCCUGCUCUUGUUUGGGAGGGUUCCGUGCUCGACGCUGAUGAGGGUAUCCGUUUCCGCGGCCUCACCAUCCCCGAGAUCUGCGAGAAGCUGCCCAAGGCUCCCGGUGGAUCUGAGCCCCUUCCUGAGGGUCUUUUCUGGUUGUUGCUGACCGGCGAGAUCCCCACUGAGGGUCAGGUUCGUGCCUUGUCCAGCGAGCUCUACGCCCGCUCCAAGCUCCCUGAGCAUGUCGAGGACUUGCUUAACCACUCCCCCAAGCACCUCCACCCCAUGGCCCAGCUCUCUAUUGCUGUCAACGCUUUGGAGUCUGAGUCUGAGUUCGCCAAGGCUUACGAGCAGGGUGUUAACAAGAAGGAGUACUGGCAGUACACUUUUGAGGACUCUCUUGACCUGAUUGCCAAGUUGCCCUCCAUUGCUGCCCGCAUCUACCGCAACGUCUUCCACGACGGUGUUGUUGCCUCCACCGACUCCAGCCUUGAUUACUCUGCUAACUUCACCAAGCAGCUUGGUUUCAAGAACGAGGAGUUCACUGAGCUCAUGCGUCUUUACCUGACUAUCCACUCCGACCACGAGGGUGGCAAUGUCUCUGCCCACACCACCCACCUGGUCGGCUCUGCUUUGUCUUCUCCUUACCUCUCGGUCGCUGCUGGUUUCAACGGUCUUGCUGGUCCUUUGCACGGCCGUGCUAACCAGGAGGUUCUUGAGUGGAUUCUUAAGAUGCGCUCUGAGAUCGGCUCUGAGGUCACCAACGAGCAGAUUGAGAAGUACCUUUGGGAUACCCUCAACUCCGGCCGCGUCGUCCCCGGUUACGGCCACGCCGUUCUGCGCAAGACCGACCCCCGCUACACUGCUCAGCGUGAGUUCGGCCUGAAGCACAUGCCCGACUACGAGCUGUUCAAGCUUGUUUCUCAGAUCUACCAGGUCGCCCCCAAGGUCCUCGGUGCCAACCAGAAGAUCAAGAACCCCUGGCCUAAUGUGGAUGCCCACUCUGGUGUCCUCCUCCAGUACUACGGCCUGAAGGAGCAGUCUUACUACACUGUUCUCUUCGCUGUCGCUCGUGCUCUCGGUGUCCUGCCCCAGCUCAUCAUUGACCGUGCCAUGGGUGCUCCUAUUGAGCGUCCCAAAUCCUUCUCUACCGCCAAGUUCGCCGAGAAGUUCGGUGUCAAGCUGUAA